AGCGACCUGAGGAGAGGAAAGAGAACAAGAGCAAGAGAGUAAGUAGACAUAGUUUCAGUAGAAUCGCCAUUACAUGAAAAGUGCUACUGUGCAGGGAGUUGCACAACGAUAGCUGCCCGACAGAGGGCAUGACUGUCAGAGACCUUUAGGUGCUAGUGUGAUCACAUGUGAUUGAAGUUUUGUUUUUCUGGUCCUGCCAAAUAAUUGGACGAGGCAGGGACGGCGAUAUCGACGUGAUUUAGCUUGACUUUAUACAGUGCCACACACUGCAUUCCUUUGAAUGCUUUUAUUCCAGAUCCCUCAGAAAAAUUUGCUUAAGCGCACCUAUUGCGUCCGUUUAUCAAUUCAAUUACUUACUCCCGCUAUUUUUAUUGUCGAAAAGGACAGCGAGUACUUCUUGCUAUUUGUAUUUGAUGCAGCAGCCACUUUUAUUUCAGUGUAUGAUAUUAAAAAAGUUGAAAAGAAGUGAACACCGAGACGGCAAUAAAGCUGAAAAGCGAUCUUUACGGUGCCUUUUCCUACGGGAUGCACUAGUAGACCGUGCAUCAUCAGAGAAGCACGGGAAAGAAAUUUCACUUUGAUGUAGUUCCAAUUUGUGUAGUUUGUUGCUUGAGGUAGUUGAGCUUGAAGCUUGUAUCGGGGCUGCUUCAACAUCUCCUUGUGAAGUUUAGUGCAGGACAAGGCUGCAAAAAUGGUUGGUUGUUGCGGGGCCACGUCGCCAAGCAAGCUGAGGAUGGAUGGGGAAGGCGAAGCGGCAAAGACCCCGACCACACCGGAUGAGAAGAAGAAACAGGACGACGACAAAAAAGGCGUGACCUUCGACAAGGACGUAGUGUACCGGGACUCUGCCGCACCCCCACUGCAAGCCGGGAUGUCCUCCCCAGAUCGGGGAAGAUACAGCCAGACACGGCCAAAAGCGAUACCUCAGUUCGAGACCGGGCCGGCACCAAGGCCAGCCGACGAAGUGCUGAACAACGACGAAACGGCCAUCAUAGUAGUGGACUUUCAGCACGAUUUCAUGGGUAUCCACAUGGCAAAAGAGUCGCAUGAAGAUAUUACGCACCACUGCGAUAGCAGUACUGUGCUUGAAGUCGAGACGUUCUUCUUGCUUCUUUGUCGACAUUAUAGACGCAUCAUUUAACGACACAUGAAACAAAAAUUUGUAUUUUCAAGUUGUAGCUUUUAAUUUCGCUUUAUGCGGUUGCGGUGCGUCGAUAUUAUUCCCGAUUCUUUUGCAGCGGAUAAGUAAAGGGGGCAAUCUAGCCGUCAGCGGCGCGGAUUAUGGAAAAUACAAGGAUGACGUCGUCGCCUUUGUUGAGAAAUGCAGGGGGAAGGGAAGGUAGAUUUCUCUAGUAUUAGCCGAUUCGAGACUGCCUUCGAUUCUACUUCUCUUGUUUACGUGUAUUGAAACAAGUGUGUGGCAGCGUCUUUGUGUUUUCUGCAACAAAAAAGCUGCUGCCUUUGUUGUUGACGCUCUGCUUACGUGUCAAAAUUACAUCUUCAUCAGGGUCAUCGUGUGGUCCCAAGACUGGCACCCAGAAGAUCAUCAGAGCUUCGCAAAAAAUCACGACGGCGGGGUGCCAUUUACGUACGAAAAGAAAAAAGAAUGUUGCGAUGUGGAGAAGUGCUAGGACCUUUCAUGGACGCGUGCGAUGAUGAAACGCAGCGCAAAUUUUAGUCGAGCCCCAAGACCUGCUGUCAAUGCAAACAGCGUCCUCAUAAAAAGUAGGAUUUUUUUUAUUGCAGUUGCAGACAUGCGAUUGCGAAGGAAAUUUUGCAUUCAUUCCUGAGCUGCUGGCGCCCCCGCCUCCUCUCUUCCUGCAGUUGUCGUGGUGGUGGCCCGUCAAAAAUCGCAAAGACUUUUUUCCUUUCCAUGCCGCUCAAAAAAAGCUUUCGAGACCUAAGGAAUCGGGCGAAAUAAUCGACACGGACCAGGUAUAGCAGACGAUAAAAAUGGAAAUUUGUUGGGCCGAAAUCGAUGCUGAAUGUUCUGUAGUCGAUCAUGGGUGUAGUGGAAUGGUCUAGUACUUCGUUUAUUAUGUUAUACAUUCACAUACACAUUAUAGUGGGUUUGGCUUAUUGAUGUGUGACGUUCACAAUCACAGACUCUUUGGCCGGUGCAUUGCGUCCAAGGCUCCAAGGGCGCGGAGUUCGUCACCGAGGUAAGAGAGGGAGAAUUCGUCCAGCAAAAGGGUACCAUGCCUCCCUGGGAUAGUUACUCGGCUUUCAUGGAUGACGGGGGACAUCCGACGGGCCUCGCUGACCAUCUGAAGAAUAAGGUACUCAAAAACUAAAACAGUUUCUUUUUCCUGAAAGAUGCAUGAUGCUUUUCAUGCUCUUCCUUUUUCAUGCAUCCCUGUAUCCCGAUCCGCUUCAACAUCCUCCGGACGAUUAUGAUUGAUGAAGCGAAUGAAGUAAAAGUGGAGAAAAGUUCGAAAGAACAUCACCCAACAGGGCAUAAAAGCAACGGUGUGUUUCGGGUUGGCGCUGGAUUUCUGUGUGUAUUUUACGGCCAAAGAUUCCUGCCAGUCCGGAUUUUCCACGUACUGGAUACCGGAGCUCUGCCGUGGCAUCGACCCCGAAUUUGAGAACUCGAAGUACGAUACCGCAGGGUGUUACACCAUCACCCUACCGGAGGCCAACAAGGCACUGGAAUAGUAUAGAGAAGGUGCUGGUGGUGGGGGGACUUCCUGUAGUUUCUCUAUGAUGAAGAUUUUUACCCCUCGAUGUAGCAACUUCUCGGCCGCGGCCGUGCUAUCUCAGGCCCGGAGAACAACUGGCACGUGCUGCGAAGUAGAUGUCUAAGCUACUUAUUGUGCACAAUAAAUAUUUAUUAGUUUCAAUAUAAAUCAAAAUCAUCCUUUUAGUUUUAUGGCAGCCAGCGAGAUGAAGAUCUCACGUGGAUGAAUAAUCUUCUACCAGCCAUUGCAUAGAAGAGCUAGAGCGGCUUGUCGCCGUCUUAUGUAGUUUGUCCAUAAUAAGGCUUUGCCGUGCUGGUAUAUUACUCCACCUAGGUGUGACCUAGAAGAGCUGCAGAAGAAGCACAAGAAGAAUCAAUGCAUGUUGCUCCUGCUACUCGAACAUGUUGCACAGGUUAUUCGUUCUUGCAAGCGAUUCAGCCGAGAUCAAAUCAAGAUUUAUAUAUUUGGAAAAGUGCUGUUGACUAAUGUACUACACCCUUGAAGAGGUUUGCACAGCUCUGCACAGCAGUAAACACAACCUUAACCUCCAGACGAGAAUCUUGAGCCGAAACGUGCUUCUGUUUUGUUGCCCUGCGUUAAUAGUACAUAGGAGUUUUUACCCGCCCUGCUGGCAGCGAUUUUCUUGUGACGACCUGCAAAAUCUAAACGUCCGCACGAGCUACAAAGUGAUCUCCUUUGUUAUCAUCUUCAAGCAUGAAAAACGUAAAGGAGAAGAACAGAUGACGGGAAAGUACUCUACUAACUAGUCCUCGGAGAAGAUAGACUUUGUCUCACGCACGGCAGAACGCGCGUUGCGACAAACGCUCCCAUGGAUACACGACCUCCACCUUCGCGACAUACAGAUUGAGAUUGCCUCCUCUACAGUAAUCAAAAGCCCCGCCCCCACCAGCAACACUUCAUCGGCUAGCGAAUGGGAAUGCUAUGUAUCCCUCCAAAUUUACGUAUUGAUAUGUGAUACUGAUGAAAUUGUGCGACGUGGUGAUGAAAGUGAGAACUCGGUGGCACGUCCAGAAUAUUUACAUGAAAAUGAUAUUAGCGAUAACCAGUUGUUGAUAACGAAAUAUCGAAAUAUUCGUUUCCUCAUUCUUGCACAGGCACAUCGACAUCUUCAUCAUAUUUUUCGUCAUCUUCCCUUACCCUUGCCCUUAUGCCACUACCCGUCCCUGUUGCCGCCCCACGACACUUGAAGAAAGAAACUGUACACCUCUAUUGCCUACUAGAAUUGCGAUUGCCUGAUCACCUGGAAGAUGUCUAAAUGUUCAUGUAUCACACACAUUGUGAAAAGAGACGUGAAAAGAGACGACCUUGCUGUUCUCAUGAUUCAUCAUUCCAUCACAACUUGAUGUGGUGGCAAGUACAAAAAAGUGAACGUAU